UACGUUCGUGCGGUGUUCUCGUUGCUUAUCGUUGCCUGGGCCCGCUCCUGAAAACAUCUGGUGACGACAGCAGACUGUUGCUGCUCGAUUCUUUGCGAGCGUAUCGUCAGCUCAGACGCAUUUCGAAAAUGACUGACGCGACGUACACGUUGACUGGUUUCGGAGUCUUCCUCGAGCGGCGACGCCUCACCUUCGUCGAGCCGCUGCCCGCCAUUCGAGUGUGCAGCAUCUGCGGCCUCGUUCCGUCCAGCACUCAGCUGCUUCCCUGCUGCCACGUCGUGUGCGACGGCCCCUGCGGCCGCCAGGUUAAAGCGGCGGGUUCCUGCCCUCUGGACGGCCGCACUGUCACGACAUCCAGCGACGUGCAUUUCAAAUUCGAGCAGUCUGAACUGGAGCAGCUUCUCGUCCGUUGCCUCAACGGCACCGACAUCUGCACCUUCGUCGGCAAGCUGAGUGAGCUCGUGGAACACUUAUUCGCGUGCGAAUGUGACGCAGUUGAGUGCUCGAAGCGCGGUGGACGGGUGUGCUGAAACAAGGCAGCAACUUGUGUUGUGACUUGGCUACUUCCAUCAUCCGGGACGCGAGUGGGACGAACGCUUGCGUCGCCGUUGAAGAGACUGCGCGAAUGAAGCCAGACUUUGAGAAGCUGCGUGAAUUCGUGUCCAAGGAAGAAACAGUAAGAGACGCUAUCGUCAACGACGUCAACUGCCUAGCAGAGCGCGCCGCGCGCAUGGAGGCUAAGCUGAUGAUGUCGGUGGCGAAGGAAAUCGCCGACUUGAGGUGCCUGAUACCCGCAAGCGCUUUCAACGUGGUUUUUCCUCACGGACAGUAUCGCACUGCCAGCGGUGGUGGUAGCGCAAUAACAUUGUACAAGCUUGGUGAACUGAGUUUCCCCCGUGGUGCCGUCGUAAAA